UAUAAGUGCUCUGAAGAUCACCAAACAAUCUCUCCUCACGAAGAUCUUCAGCUUCAAGGACUUUUAAAUCAUCGAAUCUCUCUGUAAGUUACGAUCUCCGACUGACUCUUACUGGGUAAAUUUCGAAAACUUGAAACUGGGUGUUUCCGACCGUCGAAUCGGAUUCGACUAGAUAUGAACUGGGUUCAACGAAAAAUCUACCUUUACAACGUCACCUUCGGGCUUUACAUGCUCGAUUGGUGGGAACGAUACCUAUUCAAUUCUUUAGUGUUAAUCUUGAUGUGGUUUAUUCUGUACAAUGGAUCUCGUUACUUUUCCGAGCUUUGCAAGAGGCAUCUUUCAUGAAACCAGGUCAUAAUCAUCACGCCAUGGAAUCGUGAAACCCACAUGGUUAUCUGAGACUUGCGCCAACAAACUCCUAUGUUCUGCUUUGCUUGCACCUCCUUCUUUGCCACGAUUCCUGAUCAUGUAAACUGUUCAUAGAUCAUUUAUUCCUAUGGUUAUUUUGGAAUGGACAUCCUUUGUUCGAUUCUAUUUCCUCCACUUCAAAUUUUUGACACAGGGCCAAACCAUAUUACUUGCAUCUUUUGAUGUUUAGAGUCCAUAACCUCAAAGUUUCCAGGUGUUUUCUCGGUACUGUUAGUAAGAGACCAUGUCCAUCAGUGUUUCUAAUGGGUU